GCGUGGUAGCCUGGGCCGGCGCUACCUGCAGGCUUGCCAGACCAUGACCUGGGUAGUUUUGUUGCAUCUUAGAUUGUGUAUGCAUGGUAUAUAUGACAAGUUCACUUUGGCUGGCUAUUGUGCAUUAUGGAACCCAAGUUAAUGUACAUCACAGUGCAAGCCAUUUGUAAAUGUUUGUGGACCUCGGUGGAACAGAUGCGUCGGCUUGGUGAGGUCGAACCUCCAGGGGCUGUCCGCUACUUGAUUGGGGCUUUGAUAAUGAUGGUGGGUGUGGUACUGCCAUUGGGGUACAUGAUGUUCAGGACCAAAAGAGGGGCCACUCCAACGUCAGCGACAUUUGGCAAGCAGACAAAGUCGUGAAGCAAGGCUGGAGCUUCCGCUGCUGGUUGACGAAACAUAGGCGACAGUGAAGAGUCGGCUAACAUAAGUGGCAGCAAGGGGUCGACCAACAUCAUUGCGCAAAACAGUUGAACUCCAGAGAAUGUUCUUCUCUAGUCUCUGUCCUCUGUUUGCGCCCGAUGUGUUUGGUAUGACGAAAAUGGCUGCAGAGGUUCAGCCGCACGCACAGACCCCAGUUUGCUCAGCCACAGUCAUUUGUCACUACUGCCUUCUGGAGCCAGUCUCGCCCUACGAGUCCUGGCUGAGAUGGAAAAAGAAACAUACACACUCCCAUACAGUGUAUUCGACAAGCCACCCGAUGUCAUAGGGAAGGUUGCUAGCUCUAUGCAUGCUGGGCCAAACACUGGCGUGUGUUUGUGUGUAUUUGUGGGUGUGGGUGUGAGAGAGAGCAAUAGUGUGUGUGUGCGUGCGUGUUUGUGUGUGUGUGUGUGUGUGUGUGUGUGUGUGUGUGUGUGNGGAGAGAGAGAGAGAGAGAGAGAGAGAGAGAGAGAGAGAGAGAGAGAGAGAGAGAGAGAGAGAGAGAGAGGGAGUCUUAGUGGCAGGCAAAGUGGAUGUGAAGCAGCAUGGACUGGAUAGCUACAUAGCACAUGCGUGAAGGUAAGCUUGGCUGUGCUGUGAACUCAGUGUGGCACGGUGCUGGAAGGAGAUGCCUGACAACCUAAUAAAAUAAACCCAAUCCAUGCACCUGAUACGUUGCACUCUCCCUUCGCAGCGAGCUGUAGUGCUCAUUGAUGGAUAGAUGUUGUGAACAGCAUCGUCUUUCUUGCAGAUGAAGAUCUCUUUCUGAGUUGUGAUAGCUACUGUUCAAAAGAAAGUUGCAGAGUGUGCAGAGUUUGGCUCCUGAUUUGUGAAUGAGCAUCUGUCCUUUGCUUCCACAGAGAAGUGACUGCCAGAUUCUCUGGUGAAGUGGAAGUACUAUCUAACCGUCCUCUAUUUUUCCGUGCAAAGAAAACUGUACGCGCAGCUGAAGUGUGCGUCUGUUGUCUGCAUGCGGUGUUUGAACAUUGGUGCACACCGCUUGUGUGUCACUUGUACGAUGCUUCAUCAACUCUCUCUGCCUACCGUUGCAGUUGUCGGUGUGUGCUGUUUUUGUGUAAAUGCAUGACAGUUAUCUCCAACAUCACACGCUCGAGACCCUCACAACAGGUUCCUGUUAAAAGGCAUCAUUGCGUACCUGCCUGGUGGCUGAACUGACAUUUAAUUGUUAAGAAACAAGUUGCUUGGGUAGUCAAGGCAAGGGUCCAACAAAAUCAAGGGAUACCC